GGCUGAAUAGAUCAUCCUUGUAGUAGACGCCGUGAUGCAGAUAUCGCGCUCGUGUCUCUAGGUCUGAGAGUGGGGUUCCUUUCGGAGUAAUCAUGCGGCUCGUGGACGUUGCUAUACUCCGAAAUGAACGCCACUUGAGUGCUAAAAAUAACAACCCACCAACCACAGGAUAAGCGAUUAUAUCUUGUCAUGGUGUGUUUUGGAAAGCUCUCCAUCGUAACUCUUUUAAAGGAAAAAGUGGCCCUAUUCACAUCCAGACUUACAGCUUUCGUAGCAGUACAGCAAAGGCUCGGACAGUUUAGCCUAAUUUCGGCACCAUUGUGCCAUUGUUUCCGGUUAUAACUUUUAAUUCACGAGUAUAAACGGAUUAUUGCCAUUUACUAUCGCUUGUCUCUUCAUGAAAUUAGAACAGUGAAUUAGAAUUCAAAGUCGACAGAGUAGAAUUUCGAGAAGAACUUGGGAACUUCGUUUUUCACAUUGGCAGCGUCAAACAUGCCCUGCUACCAGAAUCCAAUUCUACCAGGAUUUUUUCCAGACCCUUCUAUCAUUCGUGUUGACGACACGUACUAUUUGAUCAACUCAAGCUUCCAAUUCUUUCCUGGGCUUCCGAUCCACACUUCUAGGGAUCUCAUCAACUGGGAACUCAUCGGGCAUGCUAUUAACCGGACAAGCCAGCUCAGUUUGCGAAAUGCUACGACGAAGGUCAACAGUGUGGAGCGGAAAGAGGUCUUCACGGGUGGUUUAUACGCUCCGACUAUACGAUUCCACAAUGGAGUAUUCUAUAUUGUCUGCACAAACUUAUCUGGCAGCACUGUGAUGCGUUCCAACGAGGACUUUCAGCCCCAGAAUUUCAUUAUCACAUGCAAGAAUCUCUCAGACCCAGACUCUUUCAGCGACCCAAUCUUAUUCGACUUUUACGGGAUAGAUCCAAGCUUGCUCUUUGACGACGAUGGCAACGUGUAUAUGCACGGGAGUUUUAUACAUGGAUAUAAUAAGAGGCCUGCGACCGUUAUAAGGCAGGCUGCAAUUGAUCUCAAGACGGGAAGGCUCAUCUCUGAGACUCGUGACAUUUGGGAAGGCUCUGGGGGCCACGUUCCAGAAGGACCGCAUAUAUAUAAGAGAGAUGGGUUCUAUUGGCUGCUGAUUGCAGAAGGCGGCACGCAUCGCCGGCAUAAGGUUACAAUGUCCCGCUCAAAGAAUGUCUGGGGUCCGUACGAGUCAUACGAGCAUAAUCCAUUAACUACUGGACGCGAAGGGGGCAUAGUAACUUGCGUCGGCCAUGCAGAUUUGGUUGAGGAUACCAGUGGAAAGUGGUGGGCGGUGAUGUUAGCCCGUCGCGAUUUCGGAUUAUGUUAUCCUCUAGGACGCGAAACCUUUAUGGUCUCUGUUGACUGGCCUAAAGGAGAGUUUCCACGAUUCGAGAUGGCCGAGCUGAAUCAAAGACUUUCUAGCCGUAGAGUUGCCUCAAAAAGAAGGGGGUUUUCAACCGAAUACCAGGUAACGAUAUCGUCGCCACAUUCGCUAUACUUGCGAGACCCGAACUUGCAAGAUUAUAAGCAAGGAGACAAUAAGAAGUCGAUCAUUCUUCAUCUCAGAGAGGACGAACUAGGCACAGCAGGAGGAAAUCCCACGUUCAUCGGCCAGCGCCAAACCAGUCUGGACUCAAUUGCGCUAGCUGAGAUUGAUCUGACUUCUGCCCCUACAAAGGGUCACUGCGGCCUUACAGUAUAUAAAGAUUCCUUUAGGCAUGUAUCAUUAGAUAUCGACCUAGAUAAGCGCCAGAUUUCUCUGGCAGUCCAUCAUCUGGGACAGAAUUUCUCUUUUGUCAAGGACACUUUGCUCCAAGCUUCCAGUGCGGUCAGAGUCAUGAUUCAGUCAACCAAAGAGGCUUACAGGUUCUCAUACAGAACCGUAGACGCCUCUAAAUGGUCCGCGGAGACCGAACUUGGACAAGUCUCAUGCUCUGAUAUGAGCGGGGAUGAUUUCACAGGGACAAUAUAUGGCAUCUAUGCCUAUGGAGCGGGCGGAGAUGUCAAGUUCAACUCAUUCAAUCUUUACCAGAAGCUUUGACGCCGAGCUCCUCUCGAGAUGGAAAGUGUUACAAAUCAAGAGUCGUAGCUCUUUGAUGAGCAGCAGUUCUUGUUUCCACGUGGGUCUAUGAUGGGUUUCACACCGUACCCGCGGGUCAUGCCACACCAGUGCGAGUCUGUUUCCCAUUUCAGGGUGUGGCCGCCUGUGUCUGAGCUAACUGCCUGGCCUACAGCAUCAGCUAAGUCUGCAAAUGAACAAAGACUCAACCUCACUAUGUAGACUGUCCCAAGAAUCCAUUAGAUAUUAGAGUGUUGUUAUAUUUAGCUAUUUAAAAUCAUAUUGAAGCAAUGUUUCAGCCUUCUCAAGAAAGAGCACACCUGUGGUGUUAGGGUCGGCCUUGCAUUACAUGGGAAGGGACACCAGCAGCACCAACAUAGGC